CUCCCCUCGCCCUUGUUUGAGUAUUAUGCUAAUAUUCUUUUUGAGAAAUACAUGGAUAUCCGGAUCCGAAUUUCCGUGUAUCCUGUCUUUUUCGGUGCUUUCUUUUCUUCCUCAUGCCUAUCAUUUAUUUUCCUUUAUGUACGAGCAAGGUUUCCGGAUCCGAAAAUAAAAAUAUUCGGAAAUUUUUGCUAUCGGAUCCGGAUAUCUGUAUUACCCAGAAUCAGCCUACCUUUGAAAAGUGUUAUGAAGAAAAGAAAUAAUUGGAUAACCAAACUGAAUGGGAGGGGAACUGGAUAUCCAAAAGAAAUGCCCAAUUAUUAAUAUUUCUGUGUGAUUUUUAAAUUAUUUUUUUAAUUAAAUAAAUUAUUUUUAAUCUCAAAUUAUUUUUAAAAAAUAAAUGGAAGUUCUUUUCUCCGUCAAAAAAUUUUUUUUUAAUUUUUUAAAAUUUUUUUUUGUGUUUUUUUGUUUUCCUUAAUUUUCUUAAAGGUCCCUCUAAUGACAUUUUACCAGAAUAGCAAACCAACUGACUCAACAAAACAUUUUACUAUUCACAUGAACGGCUCAACUCCCCUCAGGAAUGGAGUAAAACAGCAACAACCUAGACAUUCAAUAAUUUCAAAUUUGUCUAGUAGAGAUGAGCUGUUUGCUGAUGAUUUGCUUUAUACUAGAGAAGAGAGUUUUUGUACUUACACACCGCUGAAAAUUCUUGUGACGACAUUCAAUGUGAAUGGUCGACGACCUCCAACUAACUUGAGUGACUGGCUUUCUUUUGACUUGAAUUCACCACCUGAACUGAUUGUUAUUGGGUUUCUUAAAAUAUUUUUUUUUUUUAAAAUUUCUUAG